GCACACAGUAAACGAACUAAAGCCUAACCUUUGUGGAUACUUGCCUAUAUCAACCAUGACUCUUGAGGAAGUUCACGGACAAGAUAACUCUGAAACAACUGACAGAAUGCAAAUCAUCGGUACUGCGUUGGAAGAGUUACUCGUUUCGGCGAAGAAACAAGACUGCCUGACAGUCGGUGUAUACGAAUCAGCAAAAGUCAUGAAUGUUGAUCCAGACAAUGUGGCAUUCUGCGUGUUAGCGACAGACGAGGAGUACGAAUGCGAUAUUGCCCUCCAGAUCCACUUCACCCUCAUCCAGGCUUUUUGCUUUGACAACGACAUCAACAUCGUGAGGGUGAAUGACAUCGAGCGCCUCGCCGGUGUUGUUGGCACUGACGAGUCGGAGGAACCUAAAGACGCUCACUGUAUUCUUGUCACGAGCCCCAAUGUGGACGCGUGGAAGGAUCCUGCUUUGGACAAACUCCGGCUGUUCUGCGAAGAGAGCCGUGGCAUGUACGAGUGGGUGCCGACCAUCACCCUCCCCGAGCGCUGAACUGGGCCACACUUCUCUUCGCUUCUGCAACAGAAGGAGAAGAAACCUAUUCCGAAUCACCGAGUGUGAAGUUACCCCUCAGAUAGUGGAGGAUGCAAAGCGUUCCUCCAGAUUUCGGGGACUCUCUGGAAAUGCCGGGCUGGCGCUGAAAGAUGAACAUGGACUGGAUGGGUACAGGAAAGUUCUGGAAAGGUCGAGGAGGAGUCGGCCGGGUCGAGAUGGACUUAUGUGUUUGGAUACAGUAUGAUUCCCUCACACCCUCCACACUUGCAAUCUUGGAUGGGAACAGAAAGAUGGAGGAGUCGAAACGUCAAAAUUGGAAUGUGGAUAGAUGGACUUUGAGAGUUUCUAAAGGGAAACAAGGAAGGAACUGGACUGACACAUGAAUUGAGCCUGAAAUGGCAUGGUGGAUUUUAUAAGAUUAUGGGACAUUUCUGAUUGAAGCAAUGGUGUUAGCUUCCCCUUGCAAUGAAGCUUGAAGCUAGCUGUUUCUGGAUGGACUUUCAGACAAAAUCAUCUUUGUUAUGCUGAAAUGAUGGAAAAAGAGAUGUUCUACAGUUAAAAGAAAAAUGCAAUGAUGUUGUUUAACUAUUUGCAGACAUUAAUAAAUAUUUCAAAAGUUUAUCCGUUA